GUAUUACUGUCUCUCUUUAUUUGAAUCAGUUAGCUGAUUUUUUAUGUGAUGAUGAUAAUAUCAUUAACGAUGAUCAUGAAAUGCUUCAUCCACCUGAUGAUAGUUUACGACAUCUCGAAUUAAAAUUUAUUACGGAGAACUCUUGCAUUAUCG